CUUUCAAUGACCAAACCCAACGUCCUGAUAAGCGUCCCGUUCAAAAUUCUAGUGCCAAGGGGAAGAAGGUUGCCAAGAACGCGGAUAAGCAUAUAGGUCCUCAUGUCUGGUCCCAAUGACGACUUCUGGACUUAUGACUUUGACAACGCCUACUUCAGCAAUGAUUAUGAGAUGCAGUGUGGGGACAACGACUUUGAUGACGACUACUAUCACCCGGAUGAGGAGAUGUUCAAUGGGAGUUAUGACUUUGAUGACCCAUUCUUUAACCAAGAUGUUGACAUGCAUGGGUGCUGCAAUGAUACUGGGCACGGCUCCCUCAACCCUGACCAUGACAUCCUCCACAACAAUGGGUACGAUACAGAUUAUGACUGGUCUGAUAGCGAUACUGAUUCUGAUUAUGACUGGUCUGAUUAUGAUAGUGAGGAGGACUUUAAUUACAUAAAUGGUUUGGUGGGGGAGAUGUCAUCCUAUGUACAACACUACUACAACAAACAUCCGAUGCGUACAAGCAUUUUGACUGGUAGUGGUUAUAUGGAAGAGGUUAGAGAUGGAAAUCUGAAACAAUGCUUUGAGAUGUUCCGCAUGUCUUUGCGGUUAUUCUAUCAUUUUGUUGAUGAGUUGAAACGGCAUGGAUAUCUGAAGGAAGGAAAGGGUCGUGUUGAUGUGCAAGAAUCUGUCGCUAUGUUCUUGUACAUCAUUGGGCAUAACACUCGAAUGCGGUGUGUUGCGGACAGAUUUCAACAUUCGACUGAGACGGUGGCCCACAAAUUUCGAAGGGUUCUGCGUGCUGUCCACUCCUAUGGUCAGCACUUGAUUAAGCCUGAUCCAAAUGUAACCGGCCUCCCACGACAUCUCCAAGUGAACAAAUAUCACCCAUGGUUUGAGAGAUAUAUUGGUGUAAUUGACGGAACUCAUGUGAGUGCUUGGCCUCCAACCGGCAAAACUCAGCAAUAUAGGAGUAGAAAAAACACUGUCACCACUAAUGUGAUGUGUGCAUGUGAUCAUGACAUGCGGUUUACGUAUGUCCAUUCGGGUUGGGAAAGUAGCGCGAAUGACUCACGGGAAUUGGAGAAAGCCAUUAAGGACCCAAAGCAUGGCUUUUCAUGGCCACCAGAAGGUUCAUACUACUUGGUUGAUUUGGGGUACCCCAUUGGUACGUCUUUCCUUCCACCACACAAAUCCACCCGCUACCAUGCUCAAGAGUUCAGAUUGAGCAAUAGGCAACCGACAACCAAGAAGGAGCUAUAUAACUAUAGACACUCCUCUCUACACAUGGUUAUUGAGAGAUGCUUUGGUGUUUUGAAAGCCCGUUUUCCUAUAUUAAACUCGAUGCCAAACUUCAAGCCUUUGCGCCAGCGUUGGGAGAAUGCUGAUGUGAGUGGAGGUGCUGCCCGAAACAGUGGUAAUGGAUCUGCAGGUGCAUCUGCUAGUACAACCACCUGAAGACAUGUUAGGGAGAUGUCUGACCAGGCGAAGCAUGCUAUGAAUUAGUUUAGAGAUGACAUUAUUGACUGCAUGUGGACUGAUUAUGAGCGUCGUCGCCAUUGAAUCUGGAAAUAUGUGAUGGCUUUUUGUGUAUUGUGGAGUAUUUUGUUGGGUUGUUGGUGCCAUUACUCCACCUGGCUGUAUAGUGCCCUAUAGGGGUUGUAAUAUUAUAGUUAUGAACUUGUACAAUUCCGUUUUAGGCUAGGUGACACCUAUUCACUAACUACAAUGUACAUGAUGCAUCUUUUGGAUGAUAUGAUGCAUUAUGUUGAUGUUAUUUAGGGGGUCAGCAUCUUCAUUGUCAAAGCCUUGUUGACAAUGUAUUUUGU